UAUAAUGGAGAGAACUUCCUCACAUUUGACGGGGAGACAAAGUCAUGGAUCGCUGAGAAACCGCAGGCUGAAAUCAUUAAACAAGAGUGGAAUGAAAAUACAAUUUAUAUGGAGUCUUGGAUAAGAUACCUCAACACAGAAUGUGUUGCUUGGCUGAAGACGUCUUUGAACUAUGGAAAGAAUCUUCUGCAAAGAAAAGACCUCCCCUCAGUGUCUCUCCUCCAGAAGUCUCCCUCCUCUCCCGUCAGCUGCCACGCUACAGGUUUCUUCCCCAACAGAGCCGUGAUGUUCUGGAGGAAAGACGGAGAGGAGAUUCAUGAGGACGUGGACCUCGGAGAGAUCCUCCCCAACCACGAUGGAUCCUUCCAGAUGAGCAUUGACCUGAACGUUUCAUCAGUCACACCUGAAGACUGGAGGAGGUACGACUGUGUGUUUCAUCUCUCUGGUGUGAAAGAUGACAUCGUCACCAAACUGGACAAAGCUUUGAUCAGGACCAACUGGGGUAAGACUGACAUCAGAAGUGACAUUCGUAUAUGA